CCGGGAGGCUAUAGCUAUAAGGGUAAAGGGAGGCAGUAAAAAAAUACAAUCGUCAGUAGUUCAGUCCGUUUCACAUAUGCAGUCAAUGCUAUUAGAUAACGACAAGUCUGGACUAAACUGCGUUUUAGUUGCUAUAUGAUAACUGGGGUGACGUGGAGGAUCCUGUAGGCUCGCAGGAGCGCGCGCGCUUCUCCACACCAUGGAUCAUAUGGGAGCGCAUCUCCACCAGACGCACGCAGACACCAUCAGUUUUGGGAUCGAUCAGAUUCUUCACAAUGCAGACCAGGGAAGCUGCAUGAUCUCCAACCCCAGAAUGCAGGAUCUGGACUACGGUUUGGGCUGCAUAGUCAGCACAGCCUAUAAUACCAUGACUGGCAACUACAAUGUCAAUAACUCGGCUGGAUACAAUGGAAACUCGUGCAGCGUUGGCUCCCUCAACGGCUCGUACAACAUGAACUUGGGCACGAAUGUUAAUGGGAAUUGCCUUAAUUCUUCGGGAGUGAUCCGGGUUCCAGCGCACCGGCCGCUGAGCAGCGUUCACUCGUCCAUUCCCACCAGCGCUGCCACGGUGCCAAGUAUGGGAAGCAUGGGCACCAUUAACAGUCUCACGGGAUUAACGUUUCCAUGGAUGGAGAGUAACAGGAGAUAUACCAAAGACAGAUUUACAGUGGCCCUCUCACCGUUCACUGUAACACGCCGUAUAGGUCACCCGUACCAGAACAGAACGCCUCCGAAGAAGAAGAAGCCCCGGACGUCGUUCACGCGCCUCCAGAUCUGCGAGCUGGAGAAACGCUUCCACCGUCAGAAGUAUCUGGCGUCAGCUGAGAGGGCAGCCUUAGCGAAAGCACUUAAAAUGACUGAUGCGCAGGUCAAAACAUGGUUCCAGAACAGAAGAACGAAAUGGAGGAGGCAGACUGCAGAGGAGAGAGAAGCCGAACGACAACAAGCGAACCGAAUCCUUAUGCAACUUCAGCAAGAAGCUUUUCAAAAGACUAUAAACCAUCCUGUCAAUGCGGACCCAAUCUGCCUCCACAACAGCUCCCUAUUCGCACUUCAGAACCUUCAGCCCUGGACCGAGAACACGGCGAAAAUCAGUAGCGUUCCCAACACUGAUUAAGAGACUUUUAUGGAUGUGCGAUGUGCAGAGGAAUAUCUCAACAUCACAUUACUUACUUCUUUAUAACGUAAAACCAGUCUUCAUUUGUAAUAUGCAGCUUGUAAAAACAGCUAAUCGAAAAUUUGCUGCUCUCCGUUAGCCUACAGUUGUGCAGAAUAUUUUUUUUAUUGAUUUUAUCACUUCGAUUUCAUCAAAAUGUAAACUUAAAAGACUGUCGUAUUGCUCUUGUAUCUCAAACAUGAAUUUUAUUUGGUAUACUUGCAACAGCCUAACGUUUGUGGCAACCAUUUAUAAUAAAUUUCAUUAAUAAGUCAAAAAAUAUUACAAAUAAAAACGAAUUGGCAAACACGGGCAAAAUUGUAGUUAGGCUAUUUAUGUGGGUACUUGGAAAACAAAGGAGAUUAAAUUUAAAUAUCUAAUUUGAAAGUAAAAAAUAUUUUAACAGUUUUAAAAAGGGGAUUCUGGGUAAAAAGCUAGAAACCUGUAACAUAGGCGAAUAAAUUGAUAUGCCUGCUGUUGCCUAUCACGCUAAUCAGAGCUUUAUUCGAACUAAUUUGCUCUUUUAACUGCAUCCAACUAAUACGCUGAUGUGCAUUACAUAUUGUUAUCCUAUAUAUUAACAAUUUUUUUUUAUAAAGUGUUACCAAUUUUUUUUUUUUUUUUCAUAUUGGUAGGAUUGUAUUUUGCACGUUUGUAAUGCAGCAAAAAUAGUCCUGUGAUUUAAAAUAUUAUAUGCUAAUACAGGGAAAAUGGGCCUAUGGCUAGGCCUAUGAGCGACUUCAUUUUGGCUACUUUAUUUCUUCAUGCUUGUUAUAAGACUGUCAUUUUUAUUUGGAGGCGUAAUUUAAAUGACAACUUGUUAUUUGCAGAAAUAGGUUUUUGUGAUGCAGAAAAAGAAGUAUUAGUUCAGUUUUUGUUGCUCAGUGGUAGAGCAUUGCAUUAGCAGCGCAAAAAGGUCAUGGGUUCAAUUCCCAGGGAACACAGGUUUAAAAAAAAUAUAGAACCUGAAUGCACUGUAAAUCGCUUUGGAUUAAAGCGUCAUGCUAAACGCGUAAAUGUACACUCAGAAGCAGUACCCCCCCCCCCAAAAAAAAAAAAAUUCCAACUGUUAUUUGAAAUUGAAGAAACAAAGACGAAACAUCAAUGCUCAGUAACACCUGUAUUCCAGUCUAUACAUUUAUUGUCUGCAUUUUCAUUUUACACGAGCAACAGUUUCUCAAAAGGCAAAUCAAGCAAUGAUAUGUUUACAAGAUGUUUUACAAUUUGUCCUUCACUUUCUUCGGAGAUGUCGGCGUGUAUAAAAUAUAUUUUAUUAUAGCUUGAUAUGAAUGAUUAAAUAUCUGUGGUCAUG